AUGACUGCUCAUUAUUGUUCAUUGGUGGUUCAGUUGCUGGUUAUGACACAAUGGGCUAAGGUCAAAGUAUUAUGUCUUGAAUGUUUUUUUAACGUUAUUUCUAUAUUUCUGCUGGGAAGCAACGUCUGCUUCCUUCAAAUAAGGCAAGCAAUCCCUUAUAAGCUAAAUAGUGAUGUCCAUGCCAAAUGGGACCCCAAUGCACACGGAAUGUCUAUUUAUCACAGUUUUCUCAAGAAAAUUAAUCAGGCCAUAGAUAGACGACGUUUCCUGGUUUUAGUACGACAUCUUCUGGUAGCAGACCACAUUUUGAUUCUCCUGGACCACAAAGUUGUACCCAUUUUAGUACGAUCGCUGCCUGGGACGGGACAACAUGACUCAAUACCUUUUCCCCCAAAGAUCUAUACUAUCAAUUCUGGUCCAAUUCCUUUCUCAUUUAAAAAGAUCAUAAUAUUUGUGGGAUCUUUUAAUGAAUUGAGAUUCUCUAUAUUUUACAACACUGUUUGGGAUUUUGGCACAAAAGUAGAAAGAGCUCAAUUUCCCCUUAUCCGCCGUGAUAAAGAUUUGACAAUUCAUUUCAACAGGUAUCUUAACUUUAUCUCAGAAGUAUUGAGAGAUCUAUAG